GCCAGGCUCUGUGUAGUCGAGCAGAAGUCUCUCUCUACGUCAUUCGCUUUCGAAGGCGAUUGUGUUGGUCGGUAGUGACUUACUGUACAGCCUUUUAAAGCACUGGGCUGGCGGAUAGUCCACCGUCCUUUUCUCUCCACAAACUCACUGCCGACCUUCCUCUUCGGCCGCGAGAGUUGUAUCGGUACCGACUCGGAACAGCUGUCGUCAACAAUAAAAGAAAGAUCUCUCCCGAUGCUUAAAUUGAUACCUCCACUUCAAGAAGACGAGCAGAUAUAUGUUGGGUAAAGGGUCAAAGCGGAAACUAGAUGAGGAUGAAGAGGGGCUGGAAAGCAAAGCGUUGGCGGCAGGGAUUGGAGCAUUGACCGACGGCCUCUCUAAGGUGUCCUACACCUUGCAGAGGCAGACCAUCUUUAAUAUGUCCCUGAUGAAGCUGUACAACCAUCGGGCGCUCACAGAACCCAGCCUGGAAAAGCGUGUUCUCAUCAACAACAUGCUAAGGCGCAUCCAGGAUGAGCUAAAGCAGGAGGGCAGCCUGCGGCCGCUCUUCUUUACGCCCUCCCCUCCUCCCGACGACCCCGUGGACGAGAGUUUCGGCGAGGCGCAACCUGCCUUCAGCGUGUUGUCCAUGGUGGCACCACCACUGUCCCAGUCACCUGCACUCUCCGCUCCAGUCACUAUACCCCCCUUGACAGGACUGUCAAACCCUGCUCCUCUGGAGGCCUGUCUCACCCCAGCCUCACUCUUAGAGGAUGACAGUGUCACACUUUGCACAUCACCAUCUCCGCAAGCUCCUCCUCUGCCCAGACUCCCUCCUUUAGUGGCCAGAGACAGCUUCUCUUCUGCCCUGGACGAUAUUGAGGAACUCUGUCCAUCUCCUUUACCGCCAACAACAGCAUUGCCCGGUGCUACCUCUCCCUCUUCCUCCCUGACUGUGGCCCUCCAUUUGCCCUUGUUGCCCCCCACCUUAAACUCAGGGGACUCCAAAGACUGCUGUAAGCCUUGCUGCCCAAAGCUUGAAGGGCUGGUCCCGCUGCCUGAGGAACGGCCAGCAGUCCCCAAUGCACCCGAGGCCAGAUUGCUGGAGACCCUUCCUCCUAACAACCUAGAAAUGAACACCUCACCCACCUCCUCGUCCUCUGGCUUUCUAACAGACCUGGCCCUGGACGACAUUCUCUUUGCAGACAUUGACACCUCUAUGUAUGACUUUGACCCCUGCACCCCUUCCUCAGGUGCUACUCCCUCAAAACUGGCACCAAUGGUGACGGCGGAUGAGCUCCUCAAGACUCUGUCACCCUACAGUGGUGCUGCUUCUUCGGUCACCUCAAACCAGCCUUUCAAAAUGGACCUCACUGAACUGGACCAUAUUAUGGAGGUGCUUGUGGGAUCAUGACCAGGUCUGGAGGGAAUUGGAGAAGAAAUGCUAAACCAAUCAAAUAAUUUUUAAGUACAAACUGGGAACGAAACUGAAGAAUCACUUUGUGAGUGUUUUUGUACAGUUUUUAAAGACAAGGAAAUUGACAUUUUAAUGGUGAUGUUGCCCAGUACUACUUCUCAACACUGUGCAUGCACUGUGCUUGCAUUUUCCAAAAAUGAACAUGAAGAAAUCUUUGGAACACACUUUGGCUUCUGGCAUAUAUGAGUGCCUUCAUCAUUUAUGACCUCUUGGUAAAUUUCGGUCUAUUCAUCCUUUUGUCUGUUUCUUUUCAUUUCUAAUCGAACAAGACAAAUCGUCAGAGGAGUAGUAUCUUUCUUCCCCCCUCCUCAGCUGACAGGUGCAAGAAUGUGCAAGUACAGCCCUAUUUUCAUGUUCUUUUAUUUUCAUGAAGCACAAUGAUUUUUGAAAGAGGAACUUGUUUUGUGUUCAUAUUUUUCUAUGCAGAGCUAAUGCUUCUAGACAUUAUAGUAAUAUUUAAAGUGGUCUGUAAUUUUUCUGUCAGUCAUUCAUUCAUUUUCGUCUGCUUCCAUUUAAAUGUUAAAGUGAAACAUGAAAUGUACACAUUUAUGGAACAUGCUUUACCUUUACCAGGUUAUUUAUACAUCUGUGCAGUGGUCAGAUAUUUACAGUCAACCAAAUUUCUUAUGAUCUGCCAUUACAGCUCAGAUUCUAUGUGUUUACAUCUCAGCUGGCAAUAAGUGAACAUUUGUUCUGAUGCACAACGUUUUACAUAUACAUUUAUUUGAUACGGUGGGAAAAUUAUCAAGCCAAUGCUACAACUCCUUUAAUGUAUGCAAUCAAUGCUUUUCUGAUCAGUAAUAAGCAAACCAUCACAUUCUCGCAACUUACCUUUUUUGGCUUUGGUUUGGGCUUCACAUCAUUAGUCCUGACAUUGUGGCUCUUCCAGUUUAAUGCUACACUAAUGCUCAGCAAGAGGGUCUAUGCAUGUCUGUACAUGCAAAGAUGAAAACACACUACAUAGACAUGUAUGUUCACGGUUGCUAUUCUAUGAGCCCAUUUUCAAAAAUAAAAAUUAAUCUAACUCUGUUUGUCAAACAUUUCCUUUGUAUAUGUCUCUCACCAGUACAAUGGUACAUUUCUGUUAACAUACUAAUGCAUGCAGGAUUAUAACUCAUAAUUGUACAGAUGUCAGAUAUAUGAUUUUUUUAUUUUGUAUGGUUUGGUCUUAUUUAUACAAUUGUUUGAGUUUUAAUUAAUGUUAUCUGUUCAUGUUAAAUCAGAUUUUCUCUCUGUUGCCCUGCUGGGUUUACUCUUGGUGUUGUUUGGCCAGUAGAAAUGGACACAUUACAUUUAAAUGGAAGAUUAUUUGGGGGAGUUUAAAGGAAUGUUACAGGGUCAAACCAAUGUUCUGAGAUCAACUGACAGCUUUUUUAGCAUAACGAUUAUUGCCCCUUAUUUAUUACAAAAAAAGAGCAAAAAACAUGGUUACAGUAGGCACUAACAAUGGAAGUGAAAGGGGCCAGUCUAUAAACAUUAAAAUAUACAUUUUUUAAAAAGUAUAGCCACAAGAUGUAGAUAUUAUAUGUGUUAACAUGAUUUUAGUGUGAUUUGCCUGCGUUACGGUGGUUACUAGAUUACAGGGUUUACCAGCGUAUUGCAAUUUUAAAUAGAACUUCAAACAGUUGAGGUUAGAAAGUGAUUAUAUCAAACUAAAAUGAUGUUAACACAUAUAAUGUUUACUUCUUGUGGCUAUCUUUUUGAAACUGUGUAUUUUUAUGUUUUUGGACUGGCCCCCAUUCACUUCUAUUUUAAGAGCCUUAAUGUAACCACAGUUAGUACAUUUUUUUUUAAUAAAAAUAGAUUAAAACUUUGUUUUUUUUGGUUAUCAACAUUAUGCCACAAAAAUUGUCCAGUGAACUUUUACUGAACCCAGAUCAUUCCCCUUUAAAAAUGCACACCUGAUAUUCAUGAUAUUUGUUCACCAGAAGAGUUCAGAAGUCUGCUAGAGAUGGGCUUAUAGGGUGAAAUUUCUUACAGUAAGCUUUGGAAUUUCAUUCUGUCCUGUUGUCAUUCCCUCUCUCAUUAUAGAAGAAUAUUCUGUAUGUACAGUAUGUGCAAUAAAAAGCACAUUAUAUUCGCUAAGAAGACUCCAUAAAACACUGAAUUUGAUUGGUUUACCGAAUUGGUUAGAAUAUUAUUGUAUGUGCCGUUCACAUGUUUGAAUCAAAAGGAAAGGGACCAUUUAUCAUAUCAGCUGUAUUAUCUUCAUAGAGCAGUCUGCUGUAUUGCACCAGCUGUCAUUAAUAAUAAGUAUACAAACUGAAAAAAAAAAAAAUACUACGCACAAUAUGGCUUUGUGAUAUGAAUCAAUCAAACAACCAUUGCAGUGAGCAAUGUGGAAGGGAAGAACACGUAUAUAUUAUCACAAGUUAAAUGUCUAUUUAACAGUUAUCUAAUUCAUCUUGUUCAGGUAUGGCCAUUAAAAAUCUGACAUUUUAACUUGCUGUCAGAGAGACCUUUGCUAGAGGCAACAAUUUGGAUUUGUUACAACCCAGAGUUCAAACGAGAGAUUGUCUGAGAAUUUUAAACAUGAGAGAAUGAGAGCCAUGUGUACAAUACUAUGGAAUCAAAACUAUGAUUAAUAUUACUUAUAGGAUUUUUGGAUUUGGAGUGUGUUUUUUUGAAGUUAUUUAUUUUUUUGUUUUCUGUGUAAAUAUAUUUAAGCUAACAUCCAGAUUGUAAUUUGUACAGAAUAUGAGAUAGGAAUGUAUUAUGCUUAUGGGAAUGUAUCACUGCUAAUUAAUUGGGGUGGAAGCCAUUUAAAUUUAAUUUCAUCUUGUUUUAAUAAUGCAUUAUUUUGUGUCUGUUUAGUUUAUUGUAUUAUAAUUUGGGGUGGUGUUUGUACUAGUCUCUAGGUCAGCACUCCCAGCCCCUAUUUAAUGAUGAGUAUUUAAUGUUUUUAUGUAUUUCAGAUUGUGUAAAGGGAAAAGGUUUGUGAAGCAAUACUUAUUCUCUACAAACUUCAUAAUUUCAAUCUUCCAAAUCCUCUUUCUGAGAAAUUUUUUUGAUGACCCUCAAUGCCAAAUGUAAAAAGAAAGGAAGCAUGAUUUCUGAUCUUUGUUCUUAUUUUUAUAUGCAUCUCAGUGUCUUCAGCCCAUGGUUCAAGCCACACAUGUGGCGAAUUUAAAGAUAAGUGGUAUCAGGAUAGUGACCACUGGGUGGGUGGGUGGGUGGGUGGGUGUG